GCCAGCGCCGCAGGCGGAAGCGCCGUGGGAUUUAGGCGCUUGGCCGCUGGCUGCCUCGCUGCCGCCAUGAUCAUCCCUGUUCGCUGUUUCACGUGCGGCAAGAUCGUCGGCAACAAGUGGGAGGCCUACCUGGGGCUGCUGCAGGCCGAGUACACCGAGGGGGAUGCCCUGGACGCGCUGGGCCUGAAGCGCUACUGCUGCCGCCGCAUGCUGCUGGCCCACGUGGACCUGAUCGAGAAGCUGCUCAACUACGCGCCCCUGGAGAAGUGACAUGCAGCCGACACGCAGCGGUUGGCCCAGAGACCCUCCGGAGGUGUGGGGAGCUGGAGGCCUGCCUGCCCACAGCCCUGUGCACACGUCUCCCUCUCUGGACAGAACCAUCCAAUAAAAGCUUUUGAAGACCCAA